AGGACUAUUCAAGAUAAAGUUGCAGCCAUUUUCCACGAGGAUCAAUGAUCAAGAUUUUUCCUUUUAAAAAGAGAUUUCCAAGUUAAAGAUGAAAGGAAAAUGCUGGAAUUGUUUGGAUUCUAACUGACAGGAUAAAGAAUACAGUAUUUCACAGUUACUUAAAAUGGAGCGUCAGUAACAUUCAGACUUUGACAUGCACCCAACUGGGAACAUGGAUGCCGGUUUUUCUCGUUCUGCUGUUCAGACACUGUCAAGAAGCCACUGCAGAAACAUCAAACAAAAAAUUUCUCAGUGGGAAGGAAGAACUAAUGGUAUACCUAAUCCAGAGAAGUGGCAUCCAAGGGACUUUGGAGUGAGAUAUAAUAACUGUCAUCAAGAGAGUCUUCUUAAGAAAAAUCCCGUCGAUGAGGGAAAGAGCAAAAAGUUGGAUAUAACCAACUCUCGCAAUGUUGGUCUAAAUAUUAAUGAAGAUGCGAAAAGCCAUGAUCAAACCAAGGAUGAAAGUGGGAAACGUGGAUGUGAUGAUACACACCUCUUUAGAAAUGAAUCAGAAUCCAAUUGGGUAUGUUCUCAGGUCAAACAGAUCGAAAGCUGGAAAGAAGUUGUUUUGGACCCAGAGACUUCCUUACCUCCAGGAAAUUUCUAUACCUCACAGAUCCUGUGGAAGAAAAUAGAAGCACUCCCCCCGGAUAAAGUCUUAAAUUUGGCUUUAGGACAUUGUGACUCUUCAGAAAAAGAACCGAAUUUCAGAGUUCUCGAUAGUUCAUAUGGAAUAACCAAGAGCUUAGAAAAUAUUUACUCUGAACCUGAGGGACAAGAAUGUGGACCUUCUAUAAAUCCUUUGCCCAAACCUCGCAGGACAUUCAGAUAUUUAUCUGAAUCCGGUGUUAUGCCAUGUAAAGAAAGAAACUGUGACAGAAAAUACUGUGAAAAUAAUUCUUGCGCAGAGUCUUGUUUGGCCUCUUCUCAGGAACCUGAACCAAAGAAAUAUGGCAGAAAAAUCAGAGGGAGAUCUAAAAGGAAAUCCUUUGAAUUUGAGGAUAUUCAGCACUUUCGAAAUCGGAGCUCACAGAAGAUUCAUGAAGAACUUGGAAGAAAUUGUGGCUCAGCACUUUAUUACACACAGUCGGAGGACAAUAUCUAUGAGGAUAUCAUAUAUCCCGCCAAAGAGAAUCCAUAUGAAGAUAUUCCGGUGCAGCCUUUGCCCAUGUGGAGGUCCCCUUCGGCAUGGAAGCUACCACCCCCGAAAAGUGCUUUCAGAGCACCAAAGCUUCCUCCCAAGCCUCAGUUCCUCCACCGGAAGACUAUGGAACUGAAGAGCUCCCAAGCUUAUUUACGGUCAAAGCUCACAAAGGAUACCACUUUGCCUGUCACUUUAACUGAAUGGAAGCUUUUCCGAGCUGGAGAAGUUGCAAACAGGAAAAGAAAAAAUCUUCCCAGGCUUGUAUUGAAAAUUGCUGACAUAUUUGAGUCUAAGAGAGGGAAAAAGAGGGUAAAGUUGCACCCAUACACUGGAAAAGACAUACCUCCCUCAAAAGGUGAAACCAGUGGGAAUGAAAGUGAUGCUGAGUAUCUGCCAAAGAAUCGCCACAAGCGAUUAGCGCAACUGCAACAGUCUUCCAAGAGGAAUCCUCACUACCAGACCUUGGAGAGGGAUCUCAUUGAAUUACAGGAGCAGCAGCUCUUUGAACUUUUUGUGGUGGUGUCUCUACAGAAGAAACCAUCAGAAAUAAGCUACAUUCCCCAAGUCAUACAGCAGUUCCCUAGCAAGGGUGAUCAUGGCUUUAAGCAGUCCAAAGACACUGAAGAGAGGCUCAAAGUUAUCCCCAAAUUUUGUUUUCCCGACUCAAAGGACUGGGUGCCAACCUCAGAACUCAAGAGUGAAACAUUCUCCUUUGUCUUAACUGGUGAAGAUGGGAGCCGGUGGUUUGGUUACUGUAAGAAGCUCUUGCCGGAAGGCAGAGGGAAGCGACUCCCUGAGGUCUACUGCAUGGUCAGUCGCCUCGGCUGCUUCAACCUCUUUUCCAAGAUUCUGGAUGAAGUAGAGAAGAGAAGAGAGAUGUCUCCAGCCCUGGUUUACCCAUUCAUGCGAAGUGUCAUGGAAGCUCCUUUCCCAGCUCCUGGACGCACCAUCACAGUUAAGAGCUACCUCCCUGGGGCUGGCGAUGGGUCCAUUGAACUCUGCCGACCACUGGAUUCCCGAUUGGAACAUGUUGACUUUGAAUGUCUCUUUAAGUGCCUGAGUGUGUGCCAUCUCAUCCGGGUCUGUGCCUCCCUCCUGUUGGAACGGAGGGUAAUCUUUGUUGCCAACAGCCUAAGCACCCUGUCCAAAUGUGGCCAUGCUGUGGUCGCCACACUGUAUCCAUUCACCUGGCAGCACACCUAUAUUCCAGUCCUCCCAGCAUCUAUGAUCGACAUCGUGUGCUCACCCACCCCAUUCCUUAUUGGAAUCCUGUCUUGCUCCUUACCACAGCUCCAGGACCUACCCAUUGAAGAGGUGCUGAUAGUUGAUCUCUGUGCAGACAAGUUCUUACAGGAGGUAUCUGAUGAGGACGAAAUUCUACCUCCUAAACUCCAAGCUGCCCUGAUGCAGAUUUUGGAAGAACGAAAUGAAAUCUUGGCUCAGGAGCAGAAUUUUUCACAAGAUGUGACACUCAACUCUCUGGUGUCUGAGGCAUUUGUGAGGUUUUUUGUGGAGGUAGUGGGACAUUAUUCUUUGAGCAUGACUGUCACUGAGCAUGGGGAGCGUGUAUUCCAAAGGGAAACAUUCCGUAAAUCCCACACCUCCCGAAGUGUACGCCACUUCCUGGAUCUCUUCAUGGAAACACAGAUGUUUGCAGGCUUCAUCCAGGACCGAGAGCUUCGGAAAAGUGGGGUGAAAGGUUUGUUUGAGGUCCGGGCCCUCCAGUAUUUGGAAACAAUCCCAGAGUCUGAGCCUAGUGGGAUGAAUAAAAUUUUGCGGAGUCUUGGAAGUAAAAUGAAAUUUCUGCAGAAGAAAUGA